AUGGCUGUUAGAGGCUCGCCAAUCGCGGUGACUGCGGUUCUCAUCCUCCUCGCCCUGGUUCUCGCCCCGGCCAUCCCUGCCGAGGCGACUCGCCGGAUGGCUCAAGGUUUGGUGCUACCUGAUCUCUGGCGCGUCUACGCCUUGCCACUUCCCUCCUGGAAAUUGGGCUCCAGCCAGUGAGUUGUCAUGGCGAAUCUCAUGUAUCUGUAUCGAUUUUCUUGCAGAGUACAUCCCGAGAAGGCCCCCGAUUUUCUGUCCCGCUUGUGUCUGCUGCACCCCGAAGCCAGUGAAUGGCUGCUGCAGCUGCUGUGCUUCUCCCAUAGAUCCGUCCCCAGCGAAGGCGAAGCCGUGA